AUGGCAUUUCCAUAUGCCGUGAAAGCAUCCUUCUGGCGAGGUGGCACCUCAAAGGGCGUCUUCUUCAAGAUUUCGGAUCUCCCAGAAUGGUUUCAAUCGAUCUUGAACUCUGAGAAGCAGCCGGACAAUGCCCAAUUUCGGCGAAUGGAAGGAUUCUUUGCCGCGGUGAUGGGAUCGCCUGAUCCGUAUGGUAGACAGCUCAACGGCAUGGGUGGCGGCAUCUCCUCACUCAGCAAAGCCAUGGUGGUCGGUCCAUCUAGUCGCGCAGAUGUGGACGUUGACUACACAUUCUUCCAGAUUGGGGUCAAAGACGGCAAGCUUGACAUGGCAGGCAACUGUGGGAACUUGAGCUCAGCUGUUGGACCCUUUGCGUUGAAUACAGGGCUUUUUCGAGGUCAGCCGCAUAACGGCAGUCGCACCCACGGCGUGGAGGCAGCGUCUGUGACAAUGAGAACGAGAAAUACCAAUACCAAGAAGAUCAUCGAGUCGACCUUCGAAGUGUUCAGAGACAACGGUGCCUGGCAGUAUCUUGAACUAGGCAAUUGCUCAAUCGAUGGCGUUCCCAGUACUGCUUCCACUAUCAUUUUAUCUUUCCUCGACCCAGAGGGAUCGAAAACGUCCAAAGCUCUACCUACCGGGAAUGCUGUGGAUGAGCUGAAAGUGGGCGGUCAACCUAUCCGAGCAUCGCUCAUCGACGUCAGCAACCCAGGCAUCUUCAUCGACGGUAGGGACGUUGGCUGGAACGCAGAUGCAGACCCUGAGAAACUGAACGCAAACCAAGAGCUCCUGGAGAAGCUCGAAAGGAUCCGCAAAGAAGGGACAAAGAAGAUGGGCCUGGAUCCAAACAUCAGCAGUAUCCCGAAGAUCGUGCUUCUCUUCCCUGCGAAAGCAGAUGGGAUGGACAUAUCCUGUCAGGCACUCUCCAUGGAACAAGCCCAUAAAGCUGUGCCAGUAACACUGGCGCUCAACUUGGGUGUCGCCUGCAAAAUGGAGGGGACCAUCCCAAAUCAAUUAUCAAAGCAUCUACAUGAGGCGAACACAGUAAUUGGGCACCCUUCUGGUACUCUCGAGGUCGGAGCAGCCAUUGACGACGGAAGGAUUCAGAGCGCCAAAUUAAUUAGGACAGCUCGAUGUCACAUGGAUGGCUUUGUCAAUAUAACGGGGGGUGAAGUUGAGGAGAUUCAACAAUGA